AUGAGAAAGGUUGAUUCUCUGCAAGAGUUUCUUGAUAGUUCUGAUGCUGAACAAAUGGAGAUUUUGCAAGCAAAAGUAAAACACAUAGCAAAUGAAGCAGAAGACGAAGUUGAAUCACAGAUGAAAGUGGUAAUGGACGAACAAUAUGACGGACUGCAUCAAAAGGAAACCCUCGAGAGUCUUUUUGAGAUCUUACAACGAGCUAUAGGAAACGUUGACUCGCUCAAGGAAGAGGUCUUCAAGCACAGUCAGAAUAACAAUUUGCAAGCUGGAAAUUCCUCGCUUGGUGAUUCAAGUUCACCACGAUUGCAUGCUUCAACCCUUGAGAACGAUAUGGUGGGGUACAACAUUGAACAAGCAAACAUGCUGAGUCAACUUACCAGAGACUCACCUGAACUGGAAGUCAAUGCUGUUACUGGUCUGGGCGGCAUUGGUAAGUCAACUUUUGCCAAAAAGAUUUUUGCUCAUCCCUCAGUUUUGAGCUUCUUUGACAUCCGUGGAUGGAUUACCGAAGAAGACCUUGAUAAGAAAAACGAUUCGGAUUUAGCUGUUUGCUUGAAACAAAGUUUAAUGGGUCGAAGGUAUUUGAUUGUUGUGGAUGAUAUAUGGAGCAAAAUCGCUUGGGAUGAGAUUAGACUGUGUCUUCCAGAUGAUGGUAAAAGAAGUCGGGUAUUGUUGACUACUCGAGACGCUGAGGUUGCUCAAUAUGCUAGCUCUUCGAAGGAUCCUUUCAAGAUGCAUUUACUAUGCCCUGAUGACUGUUGGAAUUUGUUUCAGCAAAAAGCAUUUGCAGGAAAAGGUUUUCCAAUUGAAUUUGAGGAUGUCGGGAAGGAUGUUGCAAAAAACUGCAAGGGAUUACCACUUAUGAUUGCCGUGGUUGCCAAGAUUCUGUCUAGCAAGAGGACAUUGGAAGAGUGGAGAAAAGUUGCUGAAAGGGUGAGCUCAUUAGCAGAAGUUGAUGCUUAUCAACAAUGCUCAGGAGUGCUUGCUUUAAGCUACAAUCAUCUUCCUUCUUAUCUGAAAGGUUGCUUUCUGUAUUUUGGACUUUUUCCAAAAGCUAGUGAAAUUUCUAUGGAAAAGCUGAUUAGAUUAUGGAUUGCGGAAGGGCUCCUAAAGAUAAAGGGUAUGGAGGGAUUGGAAGAAGUGGCCGCUAGUCAUUUAAAUUAUCUUAUUGAUAAAAGUCUAGUUAUUGUUAGCAAGGGAAGUAUGGAUGGUAAAAUCAUGACAUGUAUGAUUCAUGAUCUUGUUCAUGAUUUCUGCUUGAAAGAAGCCGGCAGCCAGAAUCUUCUGUAUAUUGUGAAUACCGAUAUUGAUGGACCUCUAUGGGUUAUUCCUGAAGGCUGCAGGUGGGUAUCACAACAAUCAAGGGGCUUUUAUUUUCAUAGUCGAUUCCCUGAUCUUGCUUAUAGCAAAUUACGUUCCUUUUCUGUCAAUUCUAGAACAUUAAUUCUUGAUGUAGAAAGGUGUCAUUUCAAACUUCUUAGGGUAUUGGACUUGGAGAAGAAGAUCUUCAAUUUCCCCAUAGCUAUACUAGACCUAGUUCUUUUAAGGUAUUUGGCAUUGAGCAUUUCAAGAUCUGGACAAUUUCCUAUUUCUAAACUUCUGAAUUUACAAACUCUCAUUGUUGGUCUGACCCGAAUACACGCUAAUCGUUCCUUACCAAAUGGAAUUUGGAAAUUGUCUCAAUUGAGGCAUCUCCAUUUUUGGCGUAUGUAUUUGGACUCUUCUCAGACAGUAUCAGAAAAUGAGGUGAAGAACUUGGUUUUGGAAAACAUACAAACUGUUUCUGGGUUGAUACCUUCUUGUUGCACAAAAGAAAUAUUUGAAACGAUUAAGAAAGUGAAGAAAUUGGAAAUUGCUGGUAAAGCAGAGGAAUUUCAUAGCGAGAUGGGAUGGUAUAAUAAUCUUAAAUAUUUAAUAGAGCUCGAGGCACUAAAUGUUACAGUUCCGCCUGAUUUUGAUUCCGACCCGCUGCCGUGUUUAAUCAAUCCAAGUCCAGGUUCUUUCCCACCAAAUCUCAAGAAAUUGACACUUAGCCGCACCUGUCUUCCAUGGAAUGGCAUGAACAUUUUAAGCAAGUUGCCCAAUCUCGAGGUGCUUGAAUUGAAGGAUGAUGCCUUCUCAGGCGUUGAGUGGGAAAUAACAGAGAUGGGAUUCCCUAAAUUGAAGUUUUUACUCCUUGAGGAUCUGUAUCUUAGAUAUUGGACAGCCAGCGAUGAUUAUUUCCAAUGCCUUGAGUGUGUCUGCAUCAGAGAGUGCACACUCUUACAAGAGAUCCCAGAAGGAUUUGCAGAUAGUGUGACGCUGCAGCUAAUUGAGUUACAUAAUUGUCGUCAUCCUCUUGUGACUUUUGCCAAGCAGAUCCAGGAAAAGCAUGAGGAAUUGGGAAACAACAUGCUUAAAGUUUACGCCUUUGAUUCAAUUCUACAAUGGAAGAAAGAGCCCUGAAUCAAAUUAUAGGUAGAUUUGGUGAUAGAAAUAUGUUAGGAACAACAAACCUUUGGGAAGGCCUUGCUUAGAGGACCAUAUCUUUAUCUAUUGUCUACUACUUGUGUAACAGGGAGAAGCAAUAUCAACAAAAAUAUUACUUUAACCUCUUGAAAAGGUGGCACAUGAAUUGUUGCCCAAAGAAAAAAAAUGCCUCCUACAUCAAUGAUAAGGAAGGGAGAUCAUAUUUUAACAAUUGUCAUGUGGUUGAAAUUAAAUAUGCUGAAUCAUAUAAGCUAUGUGGAUGUGUUGCUUAUAAAGAAAAGGGCUAUGAACUCUAAUUUCUCGCUAUUUUCACUUUACGUUUACUUGAGAGUCAUCUUGGAGAUUUUCUUUAACAGAUUAGAUUGAGAAAGCACAGCCUUGAGAAGAAGUGGAGAAAGAACUCUUUGUUGGUUUUUCUUUAAAAAAUUUCAUGUCAUUUCUCUAGCAAGAAAUGUAACUUCUCAGAGAUCAAAUUUUCAAUGUGCUCUUGUAAUAAGGUGUGGGAUUCUAUAGUCAUACUUAGCAAGAAUUGUGGAGAUUUUUUUUUAAAGUGCUCUGUAAUAAUGUGUGGGAUUUAUAUUCAUAUUUAGCAUGCUGAACGGGUAUUUAAAGAUCAUUCCGACAAUGCUUUGUUAUUUUUUGGAUGUUAUACUAUUACUCCGCUGAAGUUAUUUAUGUC